AUGCACACCGGAGGACGACUCAUAGCUGGUUCUCACAACAGGAAUGAGUUCGUCCUGAUCAAUGCGGAUGAGAAUGGACGGAUUAAGUCUGUCCAAGAGUUAAGUGGACAAAUAUGUCAGAUUUGUGGGGAUGAGAUAGAGAUUACGGUGGACGGGGAGCCCUUUGUUGCUUGUAAUGAAUGUGCUUUCCCUGUUUGUCGGCCCUGCUACGAGUAUGAAAGAAGGGAGGGAAAUCAGGCUUGUCCACAGUGUAAAACCAGAUACAAGCGCAUCAAAGGUAGUCCAAGGGUUGAAGGUGAUGAAGAUGAGGAUGACAUUGAUGAUUUGGACAAUGAAUUUGAUUAUGGGGACCCUGAUGCUUUGGGCCCACACCCAAUGUCUGAAUCAACCCUGUCUGGAAUCCCUGGAAAUUUGGAACAUGAAUCCUCUCUUAAUUCUGAAAUUCCUCUCUUGACAUAUGGGGAGGAGGACUCAGAGAUAUCUUCUGAUCGACAUGCUCUAAUUGUUCCUCCAUUUAUGAAUCAUGCAAAUAGAGUUCAUCCCAUGCCCUAUAAUGAUCCAUCUAUUCCUUUGCAACCUAGGCCUAUGGCUCCAAACAAAGACCUUGCAGUAUAUGGGUAUGGAAGUGUGCGUUGGAAAGACCGGAUGGAGGAUUGGAAGAAGAGGCAGGGUGACAAACUCCAGGUGGUGAAGCAUGAAGGAAAUAACGGAGGAAACUUUGGUGAUGAGUUGGAUGACUCUGAUUUGCCAAUGAUGGAUGAAGGCAGGCAACCACUAUCACGGAAGCUUCCAAUUCCUUCAAGCAAGAUAAAUCCAUACAGAAUGAUUAUAAUGCUCCGUCUUGUGAUUCUAGGGCUUUUUUUCCAUUAUAGAAUUCUCCAUCCAGUCAAUGAUGCAUAUGCCCUGUGGUUGACAUCAGUCAUAUGUGAAAUAUGGUUUGCUGUAUCCUGGAUUAUGGAUCAGUUUCCAAAGUGGUACCCAAUACAGCGAGAAACAUACCUUGAUCGGCUAUCACUUAGGUAUGAAAAAGAAGGAAAGCCUUCUGAGUUAUCCAGUGUUGACGUAUUUGUCAGUACUGUUGAUCCCUCAAAAGAACCUCCGCUAAUAACUGCAAACACUGUGCUUUCCAUCCUUGCCGUUGAUUAUCCGGUUGAUAAAGUGUCUUGCUAUGUCUCUGAUGAUGGUGCUGCCAUGCUCACUUUUGAAGCGCUUUCUGAGACAUCUGAAUUUGCUAGAAAAUGGGUCCCUUUUUGUAAGAAAUACAAUAUUGAGCCCCGAGCCCCAGAAUGGUACUUUUGUCAGAAGAUUGACUAUCUGAAAAAUAAAGUACAUCAAGCAUUUGUCAGGGAAAGGAGAGCAAUGAAGAGGGAAUAUGAAGAAUUCAAGGUGAGGAUAAACAGUUUGGUAGCAACAGCACAGAAGGUUCCUGAGGAUGGAUGGACCAUGCAGGAUGGGACUCCUUGGCCUGGAAAUAAUGUGAGAGAUCAUCCUGGCAUGAUUCAGGUAUUCCUCGGUCAGGAUGGUGUUCCUGAUGUUGAAGGCAAUGAGCUGCCUCGCUUGAUUUAUGUUUCACGAGAAAAGAGACCAGGAUUUGAUCAUCACAAAAAGGCUGGGGCUAUGAAUGCUCUUGUACGAGUGUCAGCAAUCCUCUCAAAUGCACCUUAUCUUUUGAAUGUUGAUUGUGAUCACUACAUUAACAAUAGCAAGGCGCUUAGAGAAGCUAUGUGUUUUAUGAUGGACCCUCAAUCUGGGAAAAAAGUAUGCUACGUGCAAUUCCCUCAGAGAUUUGAUGGAAUUGAUCGCCAUGACCGAUACUCUAACAGAAAUGUUGUAUUUUUUGAUAUCAACAUGAAAGGAUUGGAUGGCUUGCAAGGACCAAUUUAUGUUGGAACUGGGUGUGUUUUCAGAAGGCAAGCACUCUAUGGAUAUGAUGCACCUGCCAAGAAGAAGCGGCCCAGCAAAACAUGCAACUGCUGGCCAAAAUGGUGUUGCUGCCUUUGCUGCUGCUUUAGAAAGAAAAAGAAUGGGAAGUCCAAAAAGGAGACAAAGAAGAAGGUGAAGCUUGGGGAUGCAUCGAAGCAGAUACAUGCACUAGAAAACAUUGAGGAGGGAAUUGGAGGAGCUAAGGGUGAUAACUCAACUAAUUUGACUCAAAUGAAGUUGGAGAAGAGAUUUGGGCAAUCCCCUGUGUUUGUAGGCUCCACCCUUCUGGAAAAUGGGGGACUUGCACCAAAUGUCAGUCGUUCAUCUCUUCUAAAAGAAGCUAUCCAGGUCAUCAGCUGUGGCUAUGAAGACAAAACUGAAUGGGGAAAAGAGGUUGGUUGGAUAUAUGGCUCUGUCACGGAGGAUAUCUUGACUGGAUUUAAAAUGCACUGCCAUGGUUGGAGAUCUGUUUAUUGCAUACCUAAGCGGCCUGCAUUCAAAGGGUCAGCUCCCAUAAACCUAUCAGAUCGUCUACACCAGGUUCUUCGGUGGGCACUUGGUUCUGUUGAGAUUUUCUUGAGCAGACAUUGCCCAAUCUGGUAUGGCUAUGGUGGUGGGUUAAACUGGUUGGAGCGAUUUUCUUAUAUCAAUUCCGUUGUGUAUCCAUGGACUUCCCUUCCGUUGCUUGUUUACUGUACUCUACCAGCUAUAUGCCUUCUGACUGGAAAAUUUAUAGUGCCUGAGAUUAGCAACUACGCCAGUCUUAUCUUCAUGGCCCUCUUCAUAUCCAUUGCAGCAACUGGUAUUCUUGAGAUGCAGUGGGGUGGUGUCGGCAUAGAUGAUUGGUGGAGAAAUGAACAAUUCUGGGUUAUUGGAGGUGUUUCUUCUCAUCUUUUUGCACUCUUCCAGGGUUUACUGAAGGUUUUGGCUGGUGUGGACACAAAUUUCACUGUUACAUCGAAAGCUGCUGAUGAUGGAGAAUUUUCAGAGCUCUACAUCUUCAAGUGGACUUCACUCUUAAUCCCUCCUACUACAUUAUUGAUCAUAAAUAUUGUUGGGGUUGUGGUUGGUGUCUCAGAUGCCAUAAACAAUGGGUAUGACUCAUGGGGCCCCCUCUUCGGAAGGUUAUUCUUUGCCCUCUGGGUCAUCCUCCAUCUGUACCCAUUCCUGAAGGGUUUGCUGGGAAAGCAAGACCGGAUGCCGACUAUCGUAUUGGUCUGGUCAAUCCUGCUGGCUUCCAUCUUAACUCUUAUGUGGGUUCGAAUCAACCCAUUUGUUUCGAGAGACGGACCUGUGUUAGAAAUUUGUGGAUUGAAUUGUGACGAGUCAUGAAUAAAAGGCUGAAGCCGUGGUCCAGCUAGACACAGCGUGGAGGAAGAAGCAAUUUCACUUGAUACAACACGCGUGGUAAUAUUGCACGAAUUGUUGGAUUAAAGUUGUAUUUUUGGGGUGUGUAGAUAAAGAGGAAGGGGAAGGGAGGACGACACAUUGUUACCUGUGAUAGGAGGUUUUUCCAUUUAUUCUUUGAUUACAUUUCUGUGUUAUUUUGUUGGCGUCAUUCUUUAUCCAGCUUUUAUGUAUUCUUAUAGAAGAGCAUUGAAUGAUAAAUUAUUCCCUCGUCAAAAUGAAGGGGUCUUUAAUCUUAAAUUAGUUGUCCUGUUUCAAGGUAUGGUUCUUGUUUAAGACCUUGAAGACUGCUCAUGUAUCUUUUUCAUCCGUAAUACCAACGUGUAUGGAUGUUCUUGUU